AUUUAUGCGAGUGGAAUUGUCAUGAACUAAAAUACUGUAAAUCGAUUUUUUCUUGUGGGCAAGACGCGCUGGAAGUAGCUAAGUCGGACAACAAGAACCAGCUGUGAGAAAUUUUGAGAUUAUUAUUGCACAAGGACAAUGAAAAAUCUGCGAAAAAUGCAUUCAAAAAUACCAUUUCGUCGUCGACUCGAAAUUUGCCGGAAUGCCCGGAACAAGAUUUAACACUACAACUGCAUAAAACUAUAAUUAAAAUUACGGGAAAAAAAUAAAGAAACACGAUUUACUCGCUGUUGCGACUAUAUCCGUGACUAACGGACAAUCAUCAGAAUAGCUCAAAAAUAUACGAAGCACUUUUCUAGAAACUCGACUAAUCAAGUAUUCAAGUAUUCAAAUAUCAAUUCAAGUAAUUCAACAUAGCUCACACACGCACAAAAUGCGUCUCUAUUUAAUUUCUUCAGAAUGGGCUUUAUCGACAAGAUACAAAAUAUUCCGAGUAAAUGAUUUUGAAUGUUGCAAUUGAAAAAUAUCGAAAUUUACGAUAUCGCUCAGAUAAAAUCGUAACUUGACAUUUGUAAAUGGACCGAUUACAUGCCGUCCUCGUCCGUCACAUCAAAGAAGAAACGAGAAAAGACGAAGAAAAAGCCGUCGAACGACGGUAGCCAAUUGAGAGAAGCGAGAAAAAAAAACAGCUCGUCAAAAUGGGAUUUAAUGAGACGUUGGAAGAGGAUCUAGAUAACACUACGGAUCUGCCAAGCAAACUCCUUCUCGACACUGGACAACGCAACAUCAGCAAAAACUAUUAUGAGGUCGAGUAUAUUCUAAUAUUAACCGUCAAAGGCCUUAUUAUGGGCUUCAUCAUCUUAAGCGCACUCUUUGGUAAUCUACUGGUUAUUGUCUCGGUUAUGAGACACCGGAAGCUACGAGUAAUCACCAAUUAUUUCGUGGUAUCGUUGGCCUUGGCGGAUAUGCUGGUCGCUCUAUUCGCCAUGACGUUCAACGCUUCCGUGGAGCUUUUUGGACGAUGGUUAUUCGGAUACUUCAUGUGCGAUGUAUGGAACUCGCUGGAUGUCUUCUUCAGCACUGUCAGCAUUCUUCAUUUAUGUUGCAUCAGUGUCGAUAGAUAUUACGCAAUCGUUCAACCGUUGGACUAUCCGUUAAUCAUGACGAACGUUAGACUGGGAACCAUGUUGAGCGUUGUGUGGUGUUCUCCGACCGUUAUGAGCUUCCUACCGAUCUUCGCGGGAUGGUAUACCACAAAGGAACACUUGGAGUACAGGCGAACCUACCCGGAUGUUUGUGUGUUUAAAGUCAACAAGUUCUACGCCAUCAUUAGUUCCAGCGUCAGUUUCUGGGUACCGGGAAUAAUCAUGAUUGCGAUGUACUACAGAAUUUAUAAAGAGGCCGAUCGUCAGGAGCGCAUGAUGUAUCGGAGCAAAGUCGCGGCCGCUCUGUUAAACAAACAUUUGCAGAUAAACGGCAUCUCAGCCGGUCUGACUUCUCUGCCGACUGUGGACCAAUCGUCACCUGAUCCGCAACCGGAAGAGCCACCGAUAACCAGCAGCAGCAUGAUGAAAAGAGAGCGGAAAGCAGCCAGAACACUCGGUAUCAUUAUGUCGGCGUUCCUGGCCUGCUGGCUUCCCUUUUUCCUCUGGUACAUCAUUACGGCGCUGUGCGCCUCGUGCAAAAGCGGCGAUAUGGUGGUGGCAAUUGUGUUCUGGGUUGGCUACUUCAACAGCGCUCUUAAUCCGCUCAUCUACGCGUACUUCAAUCGCGAAUUUCGCGCGGCCUUUGGCAAAACUCUCGAGAGCUGCUGUCGCGUGUUCGCCCCGGUUCAUGACCUGCGCCAGGUACAUCGCAAACAGGACCUCGUGCACAGUAAUGCCUCAUCCGAGCUGCACGUCAACAAUCAGCUGCGCAACAGCGAGAUGACCAAUGUCCACAUCGAAGCGUGCAUUUAAACGAACCGGAUCCGGCGAGAUAAAAAUAAUGGCGAAUUUCUCGCAAGCAUGAAAAAAAAAAUAGGCAGAACACAGACAGGUAGGACGGAUGAAUUCGUAAAGUUCAAAGCCGAUCAAAAAUGUUUAAUAAUGUUUAACAUUACAAUAAUGUCAAAUAUGUUUCCGUAUCAAAAUAUUAAAAAAAAAAAAUUAAUGUAUAGUAUAAAGGGCAGAUUUAGAUCAUUUGAAGAGGAAAUUUAGCAGAUUCAAUUUUUUCCCACAAAUAUUUCAAUAAUAAGUAUACCUUUCUGACUACAAAACAACAAACUUUUUGAUCAACUUAAUAUUAAGAGGAUUUAAGGCUGUAUUUAUUAUUGUUACCGCAUCUUCGUUUUCCUUACGAUCUCCUCUAUCUGCUCAGAUAAAAUUUGAAAAAUUCAGAGAUAAAU